AUGAUGCCUUUGCUUGAUAAGCUGUUCCCUUCGAGGAAGAGUUUUAAAAACAACGUUCAAACCCUUGUAGCAUCAAACACCGAAACAGAAGAUGAUAGGAACUACGCGCUAUGCAUUGGAACAGGUCAAGUUCGCAUUUUAUUGUUUCGCGAAUGCGAAUGGCGUGGAAGAAAACUCCUUUUUGAUUCUCUUUCCUUGGAAAAAAGAUGGUGCAAAAAUAAAACAGCCACGUUCAAUCUUAAGCACAACACCGAUUCAUCGAACGCCGACUCAAUUAGUUUUGGAAGCAAUCGCACUUUUGAACGAGAAAGAACAGCCGAAGAUGAUGUGAGUCUGUUAAGCGAAAUGGUGUUUGGUACCGUAGCAAUGACGUACAGAGGAUCCUCAUUUAAGAUCCAUUCAAUGAACUCCCCAUCGUGUAUCAUGUGCACAAAAGUCUUCCCUGCUACAGAGCACAAUAUAUGUAAACAGAGCGAAAAAGUCUCGGACGAAGGAUUAGGUCGUUCUGUGAAUUUAGAUUCUAAUUCCAGUAUGCGAACGCUUUUAUCCCGACCUAGUUCUGGAAAUUUAUCAGGAUCCGAAUUAAAUGCUGGUGUCAGAAAAAAUUCUACUUGCUCCAGUACCGGUAGUGGGUGGGAUAUAGACAUUCCGCCACCGACAGGGAGUUCACAAUCAUUGGAAAGCAAUGGUUCCUCUGGUAUCGGUAGUCUUUCAAGUUUGCGACGAAGAUGGUUACGAGCAGCUUCCACUUCUUUAGCACGAUCAGAUUCUGAUGAUACUUUUGGAAUGCAGUACUGGACCGAAAGUGGAACUGAUAACAAAGAUAAUCAUGUUAAACGUCAUAAAACAAGGCUCGGUUUAACAAUGUUAGUGCGAUUGGCUGAAGGUCACGAAAGAAGAAUAGAGACUUGUUUAUUAGAGCACAUGGCUCUAUUAGAAGGAAUGUUGGAUCGUUUACGAUAUUUCUGUAUCGAAUCGGGUAGUAUCAAUGCUCAAAUCAAGGGAAUGCAGCUUCCUGAACGACUCUAUAGAUCUUCUUCUCAGUUUGUUGUUUCAUUAUUACGUUUACUUACAAAUGUUAAUGCAGAUUUACACUCGCGCACACCCUUACUAUGGCAUGAUGUGCUACUUAAUUCAGUGAAAAUAGAGCAUAAGAUGGGUGUACUGCAUCAUAGCUUGGAUCAAAUGUGUCAGUUACUAGAUAAUAUCGACACAAAAUCGACGAACUUUUUUUUAAGUACUGUUGUAACUGCUGUCUUAACAUAUCACCUUGGUUGGAUAUAUACUACACUGCCAAUCCACGAUCGACAAUUGAUGGAGAAAUUAGGUACCUGGUAUCCUUGUAAUCCAUUAUGGGCUCAAUUAGGUGACUUAUAUGGCGCAUUAAGUAAUCCCAUCCGAGUAGCACAUACAGUCGUUGCGGCUGAUCCUCAAAAAGUCGAUUUGAUCAAUUCUGUUUUAUUCUUUUUGUCAUACUUUAUUCGUAGUGGAGUAGUACAGAAACGACAAGAAUAUUGUUGUGUUACUAUAGAGGAUAUUCAAGAAGCUGCAAAUCUUCUAGAACAAGCGAGAAUGAAACGUCCGCAUUUAUUCAGUACAAAAAUAACAUGUAAUGAUCGAGAAUCUUUGACAUCUCAACGCGUGUCACAUACGUCUACUCGAAAAAAAAUUUCCACACAAGAGACUUCCUAUGAUGUAGAAAGUGAUAACGCCAUUAUGCAACGCUCUUAUUCUCAAUACAAUGUUGAAAGGUUAAGAGUAGAAGGAUCUAUUAGCUCUCUUAAACGUAGCACCACGAUGGAAUCAAAUCUUGAUUCAUUUAUGUUAAAACCGGUAGAAUCUGAAAGAGAUACAAAAUUUAUUUUGAAAGAAUUUCCCCGCGAUGAUGAUGAUAAUGAUAAGAAUACUAUUGAUGAUAAAACCUGCACAUCAAGUAAAGUUAAGAUAGUAGUAAGCGAAAUUCCAUCACAAGAUAUCAACAUAACUAAAACUAACAUGCAACACUCUUCUGAAUUUUCACUACGAAAUUUUGAAAAGAAGGUAGAAGAUGAUGACCUGGAUGAAGUAUUUACAAAUUCUAAGAUAGAUACUUUCCAAGAAUUCGACAAUACAUGUGUUGAUACAUUAAAAUUAUAUUCUACUAGAUCAGAAUUUGAAACUGGUCAAAGUACAGUUAAUGAGAUGAAGAGUUCCCAUGUUUUCUUUAUGCUUGGUGAAGAAGAAAAAUCUGUAAAAACAUUAUCACGACCGCGUCUUGGAAAUAGUUGUCAAUGCUCAUAUGUGUUCACAAGAGUACCAAGUACAUCUGCACAGUUGCCAGAAGGUGUACUGAGAAAAAUUAUUCAGAGAAACUUUCCUGAAUCAUCUAAAAGUAUCCAUCCACCAGGAACACCUUCAAGAUCUUUGGGAUUUUGCCAAAGGUGUAAUGGGCAAGGUUACAUACCUUCACAAAAUUAUGAUAGCUGCAAACAAGUUCUAGAAACUCCGACAAAUGCAACAGAAGUAUUACGUACUUGUGGUAAUACUGUAGGUGAUGGAAAUGUUGGAUUAUCUAGAUCAAAUAGUUUAGAAGCUUUAAUGGAGGCCAGCAGUGUUGUUGAAUUACCUAUGCCACGGACAAAGAAAAUAAAGAAGACUGAUACACACCAGGAUACAGGUUUUACAAGAACACUUUUACAAAAUAGAAUAAAAACCGAAGAAUCACGGGGUUUAAAUAAUUUUGAACCAUCCUAUACAUGGGGUUUAGUUUUACAAGGUUUGACAAAAAAAAAGAAAAGAAGAAAAAAGAAAAAUAUUCAAGAAGAACAGAAUAAAAAUGACUAUGAAAUAGAUAAAGAAUGGUGGUACUGCAUACGUGAAGAAUGUCUUGCCAGUGUACGUUUCCCGACUAUCGAUCAACCAAUUGCCGAAUCACUUUGUAUUUUAGCAGAUUUAGAUACUUGGCAUGUUGGAAUCAUAUCUAAUAAUAUGCCUUCACAUACUACACCUUUACCAGUUGGGAUGUCAAGACUUGUUGCCAAUAUGCUGGAAGGCUUUGUUUAUUUAUGGCGAAAAUAUCAUUCAGCUUCUCAAUGUAUAGCUAUACUGGAAACAAAAUUAAGAGAAAUGUGGUUAAAAAGUGAGGCAUUAGCUGAAAUGUUAUUAGCAACAGAAGUAUGCGAUGCUAGUAUUGCAAAUCUAACAAAUGCUCUCGAUCUUGAUGCAGCAGAUAUACCACUUCUGCUUGCAGUUGCAACUUCUCAUUCACCAGAGAUAGCUCAAAGGUUUGGUCUCACACUUACUUAACUGUAUCUCAUUUUUAUCAUAAUUUUUACUUUAGAAUAUAAAGCCCUUUUUUGUCUAAUAUAACAGAAGUUGUAAGGUAUCUCAUUAUUUGUUUA